ACCCAAGCUGUGCGUGGAGGCAAGCCCAACUAUCUCUAGUCGGUAUCUCUCAACCUCCCGCACCAGCUCAGGCUCCUUUCCCCCCAGCGAGGUGACAUUCCAUGUCCCUAGAGCCAGAUUCCGUGUCCAGGGAUUGGGUCACCGAGGCCCCCGCCUUCGACUGCCACCCAAUCCACAUUGCAUCAGCCCCUUACGGUCCCUCCUGCAGGUGGUGGGCCCACAGGAGAUCGGCCCCACGUCGCUCCUUCGGGCUGAGCCCGGCCGGGCCCCGUGGGGUAAGACCCGGCCACCAGGUGCUCGCAUGCGAGCCCCAACCCCGGGCCCGGCUCCAGAGUGGGGCCCCGGUUGCGCCAUACCGGGCGAUGUCACGGACCUUGUUAUUAACUCACUCAUAAGGGGUAUUUGAACCACUCUUGGUCUGGCCUGUCACCCAGGACCUGUUUGCCUUGGGAGACCCUACCAGUGGCAGAAAGCCCCAGACAACAUAGCUCCUAGGAUCAUUCAGGCACACAAACCCCUCCACCACAAUAAGGUGGCGGUUCGAGGAGGGGGCUUUUUAAAUUGAUUAAGGUUAUUAAUUGAUUACUUACUACAAUUAUUAAUGAUCAUUUUUUAUUUACUGUAUUACUCAGGGGAUUCCAUUCCACAAACAUUUCAGAUUGUUAGUAUGAGACAGUUAGUCUUAUUUAUAUUUAAUUUUUUUUUUAUUACAUUUAUGUAGACAUAUACAAUGUACAGUAUUACCUGCGUUACAGAAUGAGAUAGGACAUCUGUUAAGAGAAUAAACAAGAAACAAACCAAUCAACACAGCAACAAAACUCCCACUCACAGCCCUCCCCAGAGGCCACAAGAAAGAAGAAGUGGAAAGAAAAAAAAGGUCUCCUCAAGAGCAGUCCUCUAAUAGGGCUCUAAAGAGAAUGUCCAGAUGUUACUGUUGGAUUCUCAAUAAAACCAUGUAUUGGUCUCCAAAUUUUAUAAAAAAUUCUCAGAGAUCCUUUGAAAUAGUGUCUGAUUAUUUUUCAAGGUGGAUGCAUUGCAAUACCUCUCGUAUUCAGUCCUCGUGUGAUGGGGAGGUAUGUUUCCAUUUGAAAAGAAUGGCACACCUAGCCAACAACGUGGUGAAGGCAAUGACACUGUGCAUUGUGGAAAUGGGGAAACAACUUUUGAAUUAAGUUUCUCACUUGAAGGAAAGAAACAGAUGGCUAUUAUGAAGAUUAAAUUUAACUGAAGAUUAAUUUAAGAAAAGAAGAAGGAGAAGAUUUCUUUUUCAUACAAGUUGUUCAGUGUAGAAAGACCCUUGUUUGCCCAAAUAUCAAAGACACGAUUUGAAAAGGAUGGGGAAAAUAAGUGAUUAUUUGAAACUGACAUAUAAUUUGUUUUUUUUGUGCAAACCAAAUUGGAAAUAGAUCUUUAUAGUGUUAAUAAUUACUGAUUGUUCAAAAUUUUGUGUACCUCAAGGGGGAAGCUGGGGACACAUAUUAGAAUGUAAGGAACAGGUACUGUAGAAGAUAUCUCUUUGUAACCAGGGCAGGCUAAAGGCACAGCAUCUGAGGCCAACCCAGUAAAGUAAUUUGGUAAUGUUACAGGCCCAGAAGUAACCUUAAAAGUUUGGUAGUGCUAAACUCCCUUCAGAUUUGGGAAGCUGUAGAAUUGACUUUCUUAUAAGAGCUAGCUUGUUACUCCAAAGGAACCCAUUCAGUUGUUGGUCUAGAUUAGUAUAGUGUUUAUUAAUGCAGACUGAGACAUGUUGAAAAAGAUACAAGAAUUUUUGCAGGAUAACCAUCUUAAUAAGAUUCACAUGGCACAUUAAAGAUAGGGAGAGGGAGCUCUAUCUGGCAAAAUUUAACUUACAUUUGUACAAAAGUGAUAAAAAAUUCUUAAAAACAAUCCUUAAACAAUUUUGUUAAACAAAUGCAAUAAAAUUCAAAUUUAAACCCGUCUGGACCUGGGGAUUUCAUAUUCAGUAUUAAAUUAAUUUCUGGAUUUCUAUUCGCAUUUGACCACCUUACUUGAGUGUUUAUCCACCUUAUGCUUGUUGAGCACUGUUUCACUUGUUUUUUUUCUGGUACAGCUCCCAAGGGGAUUAUUGUAUCUAUCAAAAUGGAUGUUGCAAGAUUUAGCUGCUGUCUUUCCUUCAAAUUGCCACCUUCUACUCCAUUCCUGCAUCUGUAAACUCGCUCAUCAACAAAAUGUGUUCUUAUUCCCUUAGUCUCAAUCUCCAAGUCUGUCUCUAAGUCCAACUCUUAAAUCUAGCUCUUCCAUCCACUAACUUCCCAGACUUACAGUACAGUACACUCCCUACUGGCCCCACUUUCCUUAUUUUCCUAAUGUGUUUGUUCUCUUCUAUCCAGCUGUAUGUGUGUGUACAGAUGUCCCAGCUGUUCUGUGCCUUGCUAAGUUACCUAUUAUACCUUAUCCUUUUUUUCUUUUAAACUCACCUCUGCCACCUAAUCAGCAUACAUCGUAAGCUACCUAAGUAGCCACAUUGCAACUCCUAUUUCUGCCUCUAGGUCUUCCAGCAGAAGUCCCACAAUCAUAAGUACCUCUACCACAACAAAUACAAAAACAUUGCCUCAACAUCUCAGCAACACAACAUCUCAGGUGCUGCAGAAGCAAUUUGUUAUAUCCUAAGUUAGGAUCCUGAAAGGCAUGUCUUAUUUCAUGUACACUCUCUAUUCACAUCAUACAUCCUAAAUGUCAUUAGGGAAAAAUCUAAGGGCAACACUCAAGGUGUAGAGUUGCCUAACACAGAAGAAUUUGUAUCAGGCUCAAACAUGACAGACUCAGCUAUGGAAAUUUUUUCAAGGAGUUAAAGUGCUUAUAUUCUUACCCAAAUUGAGCUUCAAAUUGUUUUGUUAAGUGCGAACGCCUUUCAAGGUCACACAAUCCAGUCAGGGAUUUACCACCUCCAUUUCGUUAAACCAUGUAGAGAGUGAUUGGUGUGGCUUUGGCAAGGGUCAUUCCAGAGUGGGCGGAGAUAGGGCAAGAGAUAAAUAUAAACACUGUGGUGGCAUGCAGCUGCCCAUUAAUUUGUCCCAGCAAAAAAACAAAGUGGUCUACUUUGAUUUGUACCCAAUGUCCCAUUUAGGAACUGCAUGAAGUAUGAAGGUGCACACUUUUAUUUUAGCACUAGAUAUAGUUUUGGAAAGCUAUUUGAAUAAAUUAAGAAGAAUACAGAGCUUUGGUAUUUGGUACAACCCCAAAUGUACCGACAUUUUCCAUCACAGGAGUCCAUAACAGGCUCUGCUUCUUUGUAAGUUUAGGCAGAUCAUGAAGCAUUGUUUAAUGAGGAGGUGACAGAAUUCAUUGUUUCUAUGUCCACACAUUGUUAGCUAAUGCUGCAUCUUUAAAGAAAAGGCAAGCUAUCUAGAAGAGGUACAUUUAAAAGCUUGAGCUUGAACUUGGACUUGGCAUGCUGUGACCAGUUUAAUUUUUUGUUUGUUUGAUUGCUUUCUUUUAUUGAGUUUUAAUAUGUGAACAUUGUUUGAACUAAAAAGUGCUUGUUCUAAAGAAAACAGGACAAUGUAAAUAAAAAGAAGCACAAAUGACACUUGUUGCCAUACCUACAGUAGAGCUCUGUAAUCAUACAGUAUUUUGCAUAAAUUUUGCACUACUCUAAGCACUUGGAGUGCAAGACCUUAGGAGCUGAAUAUACAUUAACUAAUCACUUUAUUAAGAACACCAAUAAAAAUGCUACUAAUGAAUAGGACCAUUUCCUUUGAGAACAUUCCUUUGAGAUUCUGGUUCAUGUAGACAUGACUACAUCACAUAAUUGAAAACAAAUAUUUUCCACCUUAUUAUACCACCUGCAGCAACAGGUUGUGAUUCAUGCUUCUAAUGCAAAUCUCUGAUCAUCUACGAGUUACAACAUAAAUCAUGAUUCAUCACAUCAGACAACGUUUGUACAGUUUCACUGAGUCCAUGCCCACUGUAGCCUCAGAUUCCUGUUCAUGGCUGACAGACAGGAGUGGAACCUAAUUUGGUUGUUGCUUGUCCACAUUUACUUUGAAAUGUUGUAUGUUGCAAAAUGCAUUUCCACUCACAACAUGUAUAAAGAAUUAUUGUUACUGUUUUCUUCUGUCAUCUCAUCAGCAUGGUGAGAUUAAUGAUUAACGAUUUUUCAUUAUGCAGAUGGUUAAUGUACAUACUAACUAAAUAUCUGUACCUGCAUGAUUUUAUGUACUGCACUGCUGCCACAUGAAUGAGCUAAGCUCUUAUUCCAGUAGAUCCUGCAGAAGCAAAUAACUUUUAGCACUUUCACUUACCCAAUGCAGAUAUCAUGCAAAACACUAUUUUCCUAAAAAAAAGAAGGCAAAACCUUUGAACUGGACUUGAAACUGGAACUAGAAAGAAAUAGAUACUGUAGAGCGAGAGAUUAAUAUUUUGUCCUGAUAUUGUGUCAUGUUGCUUGAAAUGAUGAAACAGCAAUAAACCAGAUAACCAAAAAGAAUGCUUGGUGAUUCAUCAUAUACUGUAUAUUUCAUUGACAUUUUUAUUUUUGCAUUUGCUUUAGUGUAACACAUUUCUGAUGCUCCACAAAUCCAAUACUUGUAUAAUAUAUUUCUGCAUAUAUAAAACAUAAAUGGAACCUUUUUGCCAUGUGUUUUAAAACUUUGUUAUAGAUUGUUGUUUGUGUUCAAGCCAAUUUCCAUACCUUAAACAGAUGUUCAGAAGUUCAUUUGCCUUUUAAAUAGACUACAUAAUCGAAAUCCCUUUUUACAAAACCCCAGUGGACAGGUCACAUUCUAAAAAUCGACAAAGAGAUAACUAUCUGUUAGGUGUCAAGCAAGGUAAGAAAUCUCUCUUCACUGUCACUUUAUUUAGCAUAAUACAUUACACAUUUUUGUAUUUCAUAUAACUGAAUAUGCAAAGUAAAAGUAUGAUUCUUAACGAAUCUUGAUGAAUGCUGUAUUGCUUUCUCAAUUGACUGUUCCGAUUUCUUUCUUUCAAGUUCUUUCUAUUUGAACAGAAAAUGGAGAAUUCACAGAGGCCCAUGCUUCUUUUUUUAGGGAUAUAUAUUUUCUCAAUGCAGUGGAUACUGGCCCAUCAGCAAGUCAAUCUAGCCUUAGGAGGAAUAGCAACACAAUCUUCUACAUACGCUAUAUAUAAUGCUUUUUAUGCUAUUGAUGGCAACAAAGAAACUAAUGCGAAUGUCUACCCAUGUACACACACAAAUUUUCAACCUAACCCAUGGUGGAAGGUGGAUUUGUUGGUGGUGUAUAAAAUUAGCAAUGUGAUCAUCACUAACAGAGGCGACUGCUGUCCAACACGAAUAAAUGGUGCUGAGAUCCACAUUGGCAGCUCACUAAUCAACAACAGCAACAAUAACCCCAGUUGUGCCGUUAUAGCUAGUAUGCCUGCUGGUGCUUCUGUAAACUACACCUGCAAUAUGCAGGGUCGUUAUGUGAACGUCGUCAUUCCCAUUGCUGGCCAGGUUCUCGCACUCUGUGAAGUGGAAGUCUAUGGGGUUGCAGUCCCUGUUUCUAAGAAGGCAUUUUUGAAAUUGAAGUUUAACAGCAACGAGGAUCUCAGAAACCCUACAGUAAGGGACACAAUUCUUCAAAAGAUCAAAUCUGCCAGUGUGCAUUCAUCGGUAGUUAAGGUUCGUUGGACAAAGGAACCACAACUUGAAACUAAAACUUAGAAAAAGACAGAAAAUCAUCUUAAAUACAAAGCAGAAGAAGAAGCAGAAGCGGCAGCAGUCAAAGAACAAUUACUACAGUCCAUGGACACAGUCUAUAUUCAAUUCAAUUCAAUUCAAUUCAAUUCAAUUCAAUUCAAGUUUAUUUGUAUAGCGCUUUUUACAAUGGACAUUGUCACAAAGCAGCUUUACAGAACAUAAACAUAGAACAAAAGAUAAACAU